UGGCCUUAGGGGAAGUGCGGGGGAGAUGGGAAACGGCCGUGGUUUCUGAUUGGCUGAGGGGUCCGCGACCGUUGUGGCGGGAAAAGGCUGUGGAGGGCUGGAGGUUGUGGUGGGGAUUGAGUUUUCCUCAGACUUGAAGCGAGGGCUAGCACACAGGAGGGAAGAAGGAAUCCAGAGUGUGGCAGAAGUCCUUGGAGAGAAGCUAAGGGGAUCGCUUUAUGGAUUCAGUGAGCCGUCCGGGUGUCCAAAAAGGCUUCUGAAAAUGAACAGACCCGCGAGGCCGAGAUUGGCCUCUUUCAGCGAAUUUCAGUUUGGAGCUGUUGCCACAGAGACGAUCGAAGACGCUCUGCUCCACUUGGCCCAGCAGAAUGAGCGAGCAGUGCAGGAGUCUGCCGGCUGGAUGGGCAGCUUCCGGGAGACCCGGAUCGUGGAGUUUGUUUUUCUCCUGUCUGAACAAUGGUGUCUGGAGAAAUCCGUGAGCUACCAGGCUGUAGAAAUCCUAGAAAGGUUUAUGGUUAAGCAGGCAGAGAAUAUCUGCAGGCAAGCCACAAUCCAGCUACGGGAUAAGACAGUGCCUCAGAAUUGGAGGGCUCUGAAAGAGCAGCUUUUCAACAAGUUUAUCCUGCGUCUUGUGUCAUGUGUUCAGCUGGCAAGCAAACUUUCUUUCCACUACAAAAUAAUCAGCAACAUUACAGUCCUGAAUUUCCUCCAGGCUCUAGGAUAUCUACACACUAAAGAAGAACUGCUGGAGUCAGAGCUUGAUGUUUUGAAGUCCCUGAACUUCCAAAUCAAUCUGUCUACUCCCCUGGCAUAUGUGGAGAUGCUCCUUGAGGUUCUAGGAUACAAUGGCUGUUUGGUCCCAGCCACUCAGCUGCACGCAACCUGCCUAACCCUCCUCGAUCUAGUCUAUCUUCUGCACGAACCUGUAUAUGAGAGCCUGCUGAGGGCUUCAAUUGAGAACUCCACACCCAGUCAGCUGCAAGGGGAAAAGUUUGUUUCAGUGAAGGAAGACUUCAUGCUGUUGGCAGUAGGAAUCAUUGCAGCAAGUGCUUUCAUCCAAAACCAUGCAUGUUGGAGCCAGGUUGUGGGGCAUUUGCAGAGCAUCACUGGCAUUGCCUUGGAGAGCAUCGCUGCAUUCUCUUAUGCAAUCCUGAUGCACAGCGUGGGAGCCAACACUCCAGGGCGACAGCAGCCCAUUCCUCCCCACCUGGUGGCCAGAGCUCUGAGGGCUGCUGCUUCCUCCAACACAUGAGGCAGACAGAAUCUGCCAAGUAGAAACAGCCUUCUGUCACUGCACUCAUCCCUCCCUUUGUUUACUUUAAUACUCAGGGUACAAAAGUUUCAAGUACCUUUUGAACCGUUUUAUAUUCCUACUUUAUGCUUAUUUUUCUGCAUCAGUGAAAGAGUUAAGGUGGACAAGCAUGUCCUUUUUGUCGUAUCAGAAUGAAAAUGUAAAAUGUUGGGAGAGAUAGAAUAUUAGUGAAGUUGGUUCAUUUUUGUUUAACAAGAUAUUUAUGGCUUUUCUUUAACUGUUCAUAUCAUUAAGAGUAUCAGACAUGGAGAUCAGUAUUAACCAAGGGUUCAAAAACUGAGACCAUCUGGGUCAUCUUGACUGAGCAAGAAGGCAGUCUGUAUUUCCCCUUAAAGUUAGUUUAACAUCUCUGUUCUGUUAUUGAAAUCUACACAAAUAGGGCUUUUUCUACAGCCGACUAUUUUCACUAGUCUUUUUCGAAGGUAACACUAAGCCAUCUCUAAACAUGUUU